AUGGCUGGUGGUGAGUAUAAUAAAAAAGACCACUACAAGCCUUAUUCUUCUUCGUAUCAUCCAUCAUAUUCGAAUAAGAACGGGGGAAUUAGAGAAGACAAGAGAAGUGGAAAUGGGCCAUCUCCAGGGUUGAGACCUUAUUCUAGUGCAUCUCCAUCAGGCUCGUUCUAUGGACAGAAGAGAUCAAUGUUUCCAAAACCUCAAGGAGGUAGUCAUUAUUCUGGCUCGAGCUAUGUCGGUAAUGGCUCUGGUAGUGGAGGAACAGGAGCAGGAGCAGGAGGAGGAGCAGUGGGAGGAGGAGGAGGAGGAGGGGGAGGCCCAAUGUUUCCGAAAAAAAGAUACAAUAAUACUUAUACUCCCUAUAAUCCAAACCGAUCCAGAAGUGGAGGCUCAGUGUACAUUAGUGAUGCCAACAAGUCGAGAAAUAAUAACAGGGAGGAUGAUGUGUACUACAGUGGUAAAUCAUACGAGUCUCAACAACGAAGAGAUUAUCUGAAAGACUCCAAUGAGUAUGGCUCUAGAAGAUACGAUAGUUAUAGAAAAGAUGAUUACCGAGAUCCGUAUCAAAAGAAGCAACAUGAUUGGGAAAUAAGCGGUCAGAAAACUUCGCCAGAACCAGUAAUACCGACAAAAGGUCCUUCUGAUACGAAACUAAAGGAUGAUAAGAAGAAACCAACAACAACUGCUGAAAUUAAACAAGACACAGAGAAAAUAAAUGAAGUGCCAGUGGAGAAGUCAGCUAGUGAGGAAAAGCCUCAACAGAUUGCUACUGAGAAGAAACCAAAUGAAAUUAUUGAAAAAAAGAAAGUCGAAGAACCAGUGAAGCAAUCUUCUGCCACCAAAAACAUCAACGAUUUAAAAAAACAUUCGAUUUCUUCAGCUUCCAAAGAUCACUCAAAAAAGAAUUUGAAAACUAGUGAUUCCUCUGCAGGGAAAUUGGAAGGGAAAAAAUCGACUAAUGAUCAUGAAAAGGACAUAAAUUCCAAAGAUCGUGGGAGUUCAGAUUCAAAGAAAGAAAAAUUUGGUACGGUGAAACUAAAAAGUCUGACAGACACUAAUGGGUCUAAUAAGCAUAGGUCUAAGAGUAUCAGUAAUGCCCUGGGGCAAAAUACUUCAAAGAUUUCAAAAAUGGAUAAAAAGGACAAGCAAAAGGAUUCAGACCCAAUGGAGAAAAAGAAACAGAAAGUGAAAGAAGUGGUCAAGAAGUUUGAAUUAAAUAAGGAUCCAAAGAAGAAGCAUAGUCUUUUCAAGGAUACAUCUAGUUCAAGUUCUAGUGCUCAUUCAAGUCUGAAUUCCAAAACGAAAACCACUUCCAGUAAAAAAAGUGAAUUGUUCAAAAAUCCAUCUAACAGUCCAGAAAGUAAGAAAGCUAAAUCAACAGAGCCUGUAAAAAAGCAUACUGGUUCCAGUCUUUUCAAAUCAGAAGAGAAAUCUAGCAAAAGUGACGCUCCUACUAUUAAACCCAAGAUUAGAAUUCCCGACGAUGAAGAGGAAACGGAAAUGGAAAAUCAUUCUAUUGAAAAAUCCAAACCUGGUGAAAAGGAAAAAAAUCAACGAAAAGAUUCUGGCGAUCACAAAGAGACAGGUCUUCACAAGGAGAAAAAAAAAAGUGACGAGCAUAAAAAGAAAGCAACGACUGAAGAAAUAAAACCAGAAGGAAUGAAACCACAUACUUCUAUGGAGAAACAUUCAAUGGUGAAUAAUGAUAAAGUUGAUAAUGAUAAAAGUACAGAAAAUUUGGAAAAGCUAUCAGUGCAGCUGAGACCGACGUCCAAAGAUGAAGCUAACUCUAAUUCUACAUCAAAUACAGAGAAGGUGAAUAAUGAUAAAAAUUCUAAUGCUAAAAAUGACGAGCAAGUAAAUAUUGUUAACAAGGCCGCUAAGCACGGGGAGAAAAGUAAAAUUCACGGUGAUGGGAAGAAGAAUCAUGAUUCGGAAAAGUCUAAAGUGGAAGAUAUUGAAAUGCCCGUUAGAGACACUAGAAACGAUAUUCAGAAGAGUGAACUUAUGAAGAAUGACAAGCAUAGUGAUCAAAUAAUUAAUCAUGAUAAAGAUGAUGAUAAAAAAAACAAUUACAAAAAAGUUGAUGACAAACGUGAUGAUAAGAAUAAUGAUGAUGAAUACAAUGAAAAUGAUAAUGCUUUGAAGCCCAAAGUUACAACUCCUAUUGAAAACAAUAGCAAGACCAUUACAAAUGAUGAGGAAUUGAACAAUAACGAGAUGCAACCAUCAACCAACAAAACCCAUAAAGAUGAUAACCAUGAACCUUUAGUGAGUCCACUUCGGUCAAACUCAUAUAUUGAGGGACAGCGCUCUUCUCCUCUCAGCGAGAUAAACUCUUCGCAGGAUCAUGUUUCUGCUGAUGAAAGCCAAAAUAACGAUGCGGAAGAAGACUACAGUGGUGACGAGACUUUCAUGCCUUCCGUUUCAAGAUCAAGAAAAAUCAGUCUCGAAUUAGAAGCUCGUGGCGAAGAGGAUUUAGAACAAUUAUCAGAUAUUGAUAGAGAUGAUUAUCCACACAAUGGUGAAGAUGAUUCUGAUACUGAAACCGUUAUUGCUGACUAUCCCCCAAAAUCUAGAAGGGGAAGAGGUAGAUUGGUGAGAAAAUCUGAAUAUGAAACUUCAAGCCGUGGUGACGCAGAAUCCUCUCGCUCCAGAGAACGGCCGAAGAAACCAAGCAGUAAUAGCCGAAGUGCUAGCGGGAACCGUCAAUUUAGUUCUCAAAAGAAAACUAGAACUGGCCGUGAUGCCAGUGGUAGAUCUAAAUUACAAAGAGCUUGCGACAAGGGUAAAUUUGAGAUUGCCGAGGAAUUGCUUGAGGAAGGUGCCGAUGUUAAUGAUACAGAUUAUGCUGGGAACUCUUCGCUACACGAAGCUGCUUUGAAAGGGCAUUAUCGACUUGCUAAGUUGUUGAUUGACUAUGGUGCUGAUGUUAACAUGCAAUCAGGCCCAGAAGAUUUGGAUACUCCUCUUAUUGAUGCGGCAGCAAAUGGCCAUUAUGACGUGGUUGAACUAUUAUUGGAAAAUGGUGCUAAUCCGAAUAUCUGCAAUGCCCUUAAAGAGAAUGUCUAUGAAUUAUUGAAAGACUCUGAUGACCCUGAAAGCCGAGGUGUUCUCAAACAAGUUCUUAAAAAACGAGAAGAAUUCAAGGAUGUUGAUCCUGUCCUGGGUGAAGAUGAUGGCAUGGCCACUAAUGAUACAAAUCACAGAAAUGACUUAUUUUGGAUGGACCUCACCUCACGUUCUGGCAGAAAUGAAAUUUAUAAGAAGACGGCCGAAGGUGAUUACGCUUUUGUUGGAAAAUACUUAUCUGGAGGAGGUUCUGCUGAUACAGAUACUCUUAUUAUUGCCUCAAGGCAUGGCCAUUUGGAUAUUGUGAGUAUCUUGCUAGGUUUUGGUGCAGAAGUCAAUGGUAUUGCUGAAGAUGGCUCGACUGCCUUGAUGCAUGCUGUUGGAAGGCUGCAUUUGGACAUUGUAAAGUUGUUAUUGGACAGUGGGGCUGAUCCUUCAAUGAGAAGAGAAUCUGACGGCAAGAACUCUGUUCAACUUUCCCAGGAGAGUGAACUAAUGGAUUCCGAAGAGGUUGCACUAUUAAAGGAGAAAAUGCCAGGAUCACGACAAAAAUCGGUGGUUGAUGAAAAUGAUUCUAAGAAAAAGGAGAGUAAGAAAAGAAGCGCCACCCCAAUGGAAAGAAGUGAUUCAAGUAAUAGUAAUAAUGGUCAGAAGAUAAAGAAGAGAAAGCAAGAAUUCAAGAGCAAAAAAGAGGAAUCCUCUGGAAAAUCUCUUAGUACCGAGCCAAAGCACAAAGAGCCUGAACCUGAUGUUAAAAAACCACAUGCUGUGGAUGGUGAAAAGAGGCUGAAUAAUGUUGACAAAGUUAAAAAGGUUUCUAAUUUGGAGAAAUCGUCAAAAUUCAAGGAACGGAAGACCAAUAUUAUCAAGGAUGUCCAGAUGAAAACUUCUAAGUUAUUCAGUGGUGCUAGUGAUGAAAAGGAUACUGAAAAGCCUAAUGUCCAGCUGAAAACUUCUAAGUUAUUCAGUGGUGCUAGUGAUGAAAAGGAUGUUGAAAAGCCUAAUGUCCAGCUGAAAACUUCUAAGUUAUUCAGUGGUGCUAAUGAUGAAAAGGAUGUUGAAAAGCCUAAUGUCCAGAUGAAAACUUCUAAGUUAUUCAGUAGUGCUAGUGAUGAAAAGGAUACUGAAAAACACAAUGCGGAUUCUAAGAAGGUCACUGACAUUGAGAGAAAUGAUGAAAAAAAGAAUAGUAUUCCUCUUGAGAAGUUAGUUGUCAAGAUUGAAAAAAAGACUGCUGAGAAAUCAGAUUCGAACAAGAAAGAAGCUUAUGAACAGCAGAAGGCCGAAAAGAUUAAAGCCAGGCAACAAGCGGUAUUACUUCAAAUUUCUCAAGCGGAAAAGGAACGUGAGAAAGAGCGGGAAUUACAAAGAUUACGUGAAGCAGAGCAGCGUAAAAAGGAUGAAGAGGAGGCGAUCAGAAAGGAAAAAAUCCAUCAAGAACAACUCGCGGAGGAAAAGAAGCAAAAAGAGAUUGCCACUAAGCGGAAGAUUAGAGAAAACUAUCCUUAUUGUUUACAGACUAUUGAUUUCUAUGAUUAUGAUUGCUUUGAUGACUUAGAAGAGGAUGUUAAAACUCAACUUAGGGAAAGAGUUUUGAAAUAUUUACCAUUAUAUUAUAUUGAAAUCAAUGGGGAAAAAUGGGUGGUUGAUUUACAAAUCAACUUGUUAACUGGUUUGACCAAUAUUUAUGAUAAGUUCCCAAACUUGAAUGAUGAUAAGAUGGUUGUUAAAGAUCACCAACAAGAGAAAUUGUGGAGUUUUUUCAGUUCGAUUUUGAUGAGGAAUUUGAGUGAUUAUAAUCCUCAGUUUUUUGGAUCAUCGUCGUCAUCAUCAUCAAAAAGUACCGGGGCAUUAUUACCAGUGAAGAGAUUUUCUAUGGAAAAGAAGUUGGAAGCGUUGACCAAUGAGGGGAAAAAAUUCCAAUCUUUGAUGCUUUGUUGGGUGAAAUUGUCUUUGGUAGAAUCGGAAAUUUUCAGCAAGAAUGAAUUCCUUGCAAAGGUGCCGGGAAAUCUUGUGGAAAUUGAUCAGACCUUUUUAGAAAACGUUCCAAUAAUGGAAUCUGUGGAGACUCAGGGUGCUGCUGAGACGAUUUGUGAAUCAAAGCAUAUUAUUGCUGAUAAUUUGCCAAGAAGAUUUCGCGGACGUCCUAAAGUGUUGGAUGUGGUUAAUGCAACAAAGAAGAAUAUGUGGUGA